AUGGCUAAUCAGUCAGCCAAGAGAGCACAACGUACCAGUGCGACGCUCAGCACGCGCUUGCAACAAUAUAUUGUGCCAAUCAAUGUGCUAUACCUACUGUAUUGCAUUCUAUGGCACUAUAACACAGUGACCUUGUGGACUCUUCUGGGUUAUGUCUUUUUGUCUUUUUCGACCUAUCUGAGCUACUCGUGGGUAGUUGGGGCAGCUCAGGAAGGAGGCAGCAGCGAGUAUGCAAUGGACGUUUUAAUCAUCACAUUGUUUGUACAAGUCGGACUUUUCAUUUCGAGCUACUUUUGGCUCGUGUAUCUCAUUGUUCCAGGCUACAUACUUUACCACGGAGGUCGCAUGUUACUCAAUUAUGUUUUCACGCCCAACCCUACGGAUGACGACGAUCCAAAUGCUCUGAAGAAAAAGGAAAAGGCAGAACGCAAGGCUGCACGUCCAAAAUUCAAGAGGAGCCGUCGGUGA